AUGGACCGAUCUUGGAUUACAGCACAUCGCAUAAGCGAAGCUUAUCAACAUGGGGUUGAAGAGUUUUUGUCAUUUGUCGAAAUACAUUCAGCAACCACAGAUGGCAACUUUUUCUGCCCUUGUGUUAAAUGUGUCAACGGGAGGCGUCAUUCGUUGGAUGACAUUAGAUCGCAUCUUAUAUGUGAUGGCUUUAGCCCGACGCACACAAAGUGGAUAUGGCAUGGUGAGUUGGUUGGUCAUACAGCAACAUGUCCACCUCAUCCGGUUGAGCUACAAAGCGGAGAUCUCAUGGAAGACAUGAUACGUGAUCUUGGGCAAGAGGGCUUUCGGGAAUGUCAUGUAGAUAUUUACGAUGCUCUUCAAACAGAUGCGCAUACGCCAUUGUAUGUUGGAUGCAAAAGCUUUAGUAGGUUAUCAGUUGUGCUAGCUUUGGUUAACCUAAAGGCCAGAUUCGGGUGGAGUGACAAAAGCUUCACAGAGUUGGUUUUGUUAUUGAAAAAUAUGUUUCCUGAACAUAACAGCUUACCGAAGAGUCACUAUGAGGCGAAAAAGAUAUUAUGUCCCGUCGGCUUGGAGUACCAAAGAAUCCAUGCAUGUCCGAAUGAUUGCCUUCUCUACAGAAAUGAGUUUCUGGAUAUGCGAUUCUGCCCCACUUGCGGACUUUCACGGUACAAGGCCAAUGAUGGGGAAGGUACUGAAGGUUCAGCCACCGCUAGUAGUCGUCCAGCAAAGGUUUGUUGGUAUUUCCCAAUAAUACCUAGGUUGAAGCGGUUGUUUGCGAGUGUACAGGAUUCUAAAUACUUAAGGUGGCAUGUAGAUGAAAGAAGAAUGGAUGGUAUGAUCAGACACCCCGCUGAUUGUACACAAUGGAAGACAUUUGACUCCUUGUAUCCAUCUUUUGCACAAGAGCCUAGAAACCUAAGGCUUGCGCUUGCCUCAGAUGGAAUAAAUCCCUUUGGUAACUUGACCACCAAUCAUAGUUCGUGGCCGGUAUUAUUAAUGAUUUACAACUUUCCUCCAUGGUUGUCCAUGAAGAGCAAAUAUAUGUUGCUCUCUAUGAUGAUAGCUGGUCCAAAACAACCCGGAAAUGAUAUUGACGUGUACUUGGCUCCUUUGAUAGAAGACUUGACCAAACUGUGGGUUGAUGGGGUUGAAGUGUAUGAUGCAAAUGCUAAACAGUCAUUCAACUUGAGUGCAAUGCUCUUCUGUAUGAUUAACGAUUUUCCCGCUUAUGGUAAUUUGAGCGGAUACAGUGUCAAAGGACACCAUGCAUGUCCUAUUUGUGAAAAAAAUACUUGUUACAUCCAACUAACCCAUGGGAAGAAGACAGUGUAUACAAGGCACAGAAGAUUUUUAAGCCGAAAUCACCCAUAUCGGCGUUUGAAGAAGGCGUUUAAUGGAGAUAAUGAGGUUGAAAUAGCGCCUGAACCAUUAUCUGCUCAUGAUGUUUACCAAAGGGUCAGAGACAUAGAAACUACCUUUGGUAAGACACAAAAAAAGGACAUGUCUGCGAAGAACAUUUGGAAAAAAAGUUUGAUUGGCACCCUCCUUAACAUUAAGGGGAAGACAAAGGGUGGUGUAAAAUCUCGUCAGGAUUUGGUUGAGUUGGGUAUACGGGAGCAACUACAUCCAGUUUUACGAGGUGCUAGGACAUAUUUGCCCCCAGCAUGUUACACAAUGUCCACAGCUGAGAAAAAAAGUUUUUGUCAUUGUCUAGCAAAUGUCAAAGUUCCUCAAGGAUACUCUUCAAAUAUGAAGAGGCUUGUGUCAAUUAAGGAAUUGAAAUUGAUUGGCCUGAAAUCCCAUGAUUGCCACGUACUAAUGCAACAAGUUUUACCAGUGGCCAUUCGUGGAAUCUUGCCUGAAAAAGUUCGUAAUACCAUCACUCGCUUGUGUUUUUUCUUUAAUGUUAUCUGCAGCAAGGUUAUUGACCCAUCGUAG